AUGCCAAUGCUGAGGAUUAAAGACCUUUUGAACCCUUUCACGAAGCUAUUGCCGCCCGUUCUGGAGCUAGGCGUAGAGAGACUCACAAGCAGGAAGGGAGGUGUUCAAGGUGUCCAGCGAGGUUGGAUAGGAUCGGGACCAUGUGUAGAAAAUGCAAUGACUACAGCAACGAACAAUUGA